UCUUGCAGCCCUGGUCACAAUCAGCUGUUGAUAAAAAACUCGAACACUGAUUGUUUAUUUCUGUUAAAUUGCUUAGUAAAAAGAUGGAUUAUAAUAUUCACAAAAUAUGUCGUGUUUGCCUGGAGGAGCUACAUCCGGUGACAUCGAUUUAUAGCACAGACUUUGCCAUGAUGCCCUCAGUGAUGUUGAUGCAGUGUGCCAAAAUUAGAGUGCUUAAAACCGAUGGCUUGCCUUCGGUCAUCUGCAACAAUUGCAUUUACCGGCUGGGAGUAGCUUUCCAUUUCAAACAGGAAUGCGAGAACAACGAUCUGCGGCUCCGCCAAUACUUGGGCAUCUUGGAGUCCUGGCGCCAGGAUGCGGCAACCAACACAGACUUUGUGGAGAAGCCAUCGCUUCCGCAGCGCGACAGCGACGAGGAGGAGCCGGUGGAAACCAAAGGAAGCAAGAGGCGAUCCCGGUACCAAAGGAAGCCGCCGGAGGAGCACAAGAAACGGGGUCCCAAACCGGUGCCAAAGAUGCCUCACACCUGCUACGAAUGCCACAAGAGUUUUAAGUGCAUCGCCCAACUGACGCAGCACAUAAGAACUCAUACGGGAGAGAAACCCUAUCAAUGCAGCUUUUGCAUCCAGAGAUUUGCCCAAAAGUACAACUUAAAAGUCCAUGAACGGACUCACACGGGCGACAAGCCAUUUCAGUGUGAGAUAUGCUCCAAACAGUUCUCCGCAUUGGGCAACUUUCAAGCGCAUCAAAAGAUUCACUUGGGAGUGCGGGAUCAGAUAUGCUCGCUCUGUCCAAAGGCCUUCUACACAGCCGGCGAUCUCUCCAAGCAUAUGAUAACCCAUACUGGUAUUAAAAACCACCAUUGCGAUGUUUGCGGCAAGGCUUUCAGCAGGCGGAGAGAUAUGCGAUCUCAUAAACUGAAGCUCCAUCCUUUGGAGUCUAGUACGAGUCAUGAGAUAGUUGACGAUGAUGAUGACGAGCCCAUAGACACGGAUCCCGUGGGUCUGGACACCCUGGAUCACGCACACUUUAAGUGCCCGGACUGCGACAAGGCUUUCGAUACGGCGGACAGUCUUAGUUUGCAUUUCCGCACACAUGCGGUCAACAAUAAUCUGCUUAACUUGCCACUUCCACCUGCGCCACCCAUGUCACAUCACUACCAUCACGAUGCCCUGCAUCAUCUGGGACCACCAAAUCCGGCCACCCAAAUGGGAAUGGCUGCCAUGGCCCAUAUGUUGGCUCCUCCGCCUCCUCCACCGCCCACGCCGAGCGAAGGACGCUACACGAUGCUGCACCACACGGCGGCUCAGAGAUUGCAUUACUAAAGUAUUACAGAAUUAAGAUGAUAUACAAAAGAAGUACUUUAAAACCUAAGCUAGUUUAGUUUGAUAAUAUAAUAAUAGUUUGUACCUUGAACGAGGUAUUGCUAUUU